GCCGCCGCGGGACAUGUCUGAGAUCUUGUGCGAGUGGCUGAACGAAGAGGUGCAGCUCUCCCGCAGCCUGGUUCCAGGAUCAAUAUCGGAAGAGUUUUCUAAUGGCUACCUCCUAGGAGAACUUCUACAUAAAUAUGAUCUUCAGGAUGACUUUGAUCAAUUUUCACAGAGCAGGGUUGCAAUUGCAAAACUUAACAAUUUUUCUCGCCUGGGGCCCACGCUUCAUCUCCUUGGUGUGCAGUUUAAUGAGAAUGUGGCCCAAAACAUCAUGACAGGACAGCAUGGGGCUGCAACAAAGCUAUUAUAUGAAUUGUAUAUUGCCUUGGAAAAAAAGAGAAAGACAAAGCUCACCAGAGUAGCCAUGGAAGCAAUGAUACCUGCGGCAACUGUAAAGCUUAAGUCUAUUGAAAGUGUUUUGUAUCGAGAGCGUUUGAAAACUUUAACACCUCGUCAGUUUGAUUUGCAACUACAACAGAUCGCAGAGCAGUUUGAAAAAAAAUCUAAGGCAGCAGAAGAUAAAAUAGCUCGUAAACAUAUUGCAGAGCAACAGAAAAUUCAGAAGCUCCAAGAGGAACGAAGAGUGCGAAACAUUGAAAAGCAUCAUAUAGAAAGAAAGAGGCAAAAUGAAAUAAUGGCUAGGAUUCAAGAAGCCAUUUUACAGACUCCAAAGCCACCACGAAGCCACACCAUAAAAGCUAUUGAAGCAAACAAAUUCUUAAGGAAGAAAAGAGAAGCAGAGGACGCAUAUAAGGAGAUUAGUAAGUUUGAGAAAUCUAUUGCCUAUACACUACACAGCCAAAUCACUGACAGUGAUAUAGAAGAAUCAUUGCAAACACAGAAGUUGGAAGAAACAACUCCAGAAACUACAGAACAGACAGCAACUGAGCUAUUAAGUGUUUAUUCAGAUGAUGACUAUAUAAGGAAAAUUAAAAAACGUUUAGAGGAAGAUGCAUUUUCUAGAGAACAACGAGAAAAGAGGCGGCGAAAAAUGUUAAUGGACCAAUUAAUAGCACAUGAAGCUGAAGAGAAGGCUUAUCGGGAGGAGCAACUAAUUUACAGACUAUUGAGACAAACUCAGCAGGAGCGGAGGAUUGCUGUUGAACUCAUGCAUGUUCGACAUGAAAAAGAGGUGUUAAGGCAAAACAGGAUUUUUAGGGAAAAAAAGUAUAAAGAAAGACGACUGAAAGAAUUCCAGGAAGCUCUUGACAGAGAAGAGGCUCUUGCAAAACAAGAAAAAAUCGAUUAUGAAGAACAAAUUAUUAAAGAAAGAGAACAUCAUGAGAAAAUUGCUGCUGAAAGAGCUCAGGCACAUUAUAAAAAGCAUUAUUCUAUAUGUUGGGAAGUUGUCAACCAAAUCAUUGAUUUGUCAACACAAGUAGGAGAGUAUCGUCUUCUGACAAACAACAGAAUUCCAUUAAAGCUGAUGCUUGAUUGGAAGGAACUUUUUUUUAAAGGAAAACCGAUAUAUGAACAAGCUUCAAUUCAGCCUUUGCCGAGUGAACCACACCCAGAAGAACUUUUACAUCUGAAUAAAUUGAAUCUUUUAGAUGAAAAAGAUUAUAGUGAAUACAAGAGUAUGACAGGGGAAUGGUGCCCAGAUGAAGAGAACAGUGAAACCAAACCUCCUCUUAAUAAUAACAUGUUGGGUCAUGUGCUUCAUAGACUAAUGGAGAUUUUCUAUCCUCCAAAACCCAUUUCUUCAUCUGCAUUUCCUCCAUUUCCUAUCAAGGGAUGUAUUUUGGGAAAACCUUUUAGUGGAAAAACUACCUGUGUAAAGUUUAUUGAAAAAGUUUGCAAUAUUCAGGUACUAUCUGUGGAUGUUUUGGUUCAAGAGGCCAUCCAAGCUUUUCUUAAAAAUGAAAUGAAAAAUGAAGAAAAUAUGAUUCCGCAAGAGGCAGAGAGAUCUGGGGAAGAAAAUGAGAAGAACUUGCCACCACUGGAUGUAUUAAAGAAUCUUGAAACAGAAAUAUCUAUCAAUGGAACCGAAGGCAAUUUUCCUGUCAGAAAGGAUCCAUCUUGGCAAGAAAUUAAAUCAGAUAACAGUCAAGAUAACCUAUCAAAGCUAUCUGUACGUGCCCAGCUUGGCGCUGCGUCACAGAAAUUGUUGAAGAAAGGAGAAAGUAUUCCUGAUGAAUUACUAAUUGACAUCCUAUUGGAGGCCAUUAAACAAAUACCACCAGAGAAGGGGUGGAUUGUGGAUGGUUUUCCGAUGACAGUUAAUCAGGCAAAGCUAUUUGAAAAAGCCUACACUGGCAUUGAUCCAGAAGCAGAAGAUGCAAACUCUGUAAAGCUCUCACUUGUUGCAGAUCCUAGAGCCCCUAACAAGCCUCCUGCUACCUCACCUGCAUUUGAUAUUUCUGUGUUAUUGGAUAUUUCAGACACAGUAGUACUGGAACGUGUGGCUAACUUGAAGUCAGAUAAAUCAAAGCUAUCUCAGACUGAACAGGAGAACAAAAAUCAAAAUCCAGAUUCUGUAAUCCUGGAGGAGAAGAUUGACUUCAGCAGAGACAAGGUGCUACACAGAAUUUCAGGCUUUCUAGAUACCUGGCCAAAAUUAGAGAAAUGGUUUUCAGUCCAUCACAAUAUUCUAGUGAAAGUCAAUGCAGAGACAGAAGAAAGGCUUGUGUGUGAAACGGUGAAGGAAAUUAUAAUACAAGAAAUUUUCAAUAAACAGAAUAGAAGAUGUGCUAAAGAAAUAUCACCAGAAAAGAUUUCACCAGCUGACGUAAGUAAUAUGGGUACACAUACACAGGAAGACCUGCUUCCUCCUAUUCUUAUGGAACUACCACCAACUGAGCCAGGAUCAGAUGAAUGGAUUUAUGUAGAUGAACCACUCCCCAAGGAGAUACCUGGUUUUUUAGUACCUUACUGGGAAAUGGUAGAAAAUACAUAUAUGAAUACCAUCAAAAGUAUACUUAGAUGUCUAAGAGAUGAACAGCAUUCGGUGAUUUAUUACUUAGCAGAUGUUAGAAAAAAAUUCCAAGAUUAUUUGAAGCAUCCUGAUAUUAAGCAGGAGUUUGUAUCUCUGUGGCAAUCAGAUUUUAAUUCAAUUGCUGAUGACCUGCGAGAAGAUGAGGAAGCAAAAGCAGAACUACACCAAAGAGUUACUGACUUAAGAGAUCUUCUUUGGAAUAUUUGUGAUAACCGAAGGGAAGCAGCAGAGCAGGAACGUACUGAUAUCAUGAAUGAUGGCUGGUUACCAGAUCGUAGGGGGAUUGCAGUGAACCAUUUCUUAUCACUUAUGCAGGUUGAAGUGGAUCGUUUUCAAGAUACAAAGAGACUUCUUCAUGAUUAUUAUAGAGCAAUGGAAGGAAAAAUCCCAACUGAGUACAGUCAAGAUUUUACUAGGAUCCCAUUGCUAGAUAUUACGGAUUCAGAGCAAAAGGAAGAUCAAAACAACUCAAGAAGGAUUCCUCUAGUUUCUUGGAAAAUGCCUGUACCAGAAAUACUUAUUACCAAAUCAAAAACCAAGGGAUCUCUGCAGAAGAGUGCUAAGGAUGAUAAUUCUGAAAAUGGAGUGGCUACUGUUAGAAAAGACGAAAGUCUUAUUACUGAUACAUGGCAAACAGCAACAACAACAGUAUCAAAUAUGGUAACAGCUGAAAUACAGUUUAGAGAAACUGAAGAAGAAGAAGAAGGUCAGCAGCUAAAUCUGAAAUCUUCAAAGCCAUCAAGCAAAGCUACCAAAGAUUCCGAAAAGCAAUCUCCAAAAAAGGCUCCUAAGAAGAAAGGGCUAUCUUCUACUGCAUCUAUGGGUGAAGACGGUACAGUUCCUAUAAACCCAGAAGAGUUAAAGAAACAAGAACUGGCACUUAAAAUAAAGCAAGAAUAUUUCAGUGCCUUGAAACAUGAGGAGGCAGCCAUAAAAUUUCGACUAGAACUUAUAAAAGAAAAAGCUUUAGCAUUUGUUGAAGAGCUAACGAUGAAAGCUGAAGAGGCUUAUAAAGAUAUGGAAGAGUGGCUUGGAUCCAGGUUCUUGGCAGAAAUGUCCUGUGUUGAAAAGCUGGUUGAGGUUGCACGACAUCAUAUUGAGAGUUCUAGCAAAAUUCAGUAUGAAAUUAUUUUAGAAGAAACAGAUUUCUUCAUCAACAAUGAUGUAAAAGUGUUUCCUGACCCUGCUCCUUCACCACACGUUCCUCAUAUGGAGACCUCUGGAAGUAGUACUCUGACUAUGUCACAACUUACUGCACUUCAUAAGCAGUUUCUCCAAGUAGCACCUAAAGUUUUGUGUUUCCUAGGAAUUUAAAGUAUUAAAGAACUGCUGGUUCAUCAGACAACUUUAUUCUAUCCUGCACACUUGGUUCUUCGUGGAAGCAGAUCACAUUACUCACCAUUCUAAGCACCGAUGGACAAAAAAUACAGCCUGUGCUGGACCUUUCUAUGUACUGACACAGUCUUUCAUUUCAUAAGGAAAUAUUUUAAUUAUUCUUUUUUAUUCCAAGUGCCAUUUCCUAAACUCAGUAUUUGGGAGUAUUUUCAUUCACAAAAGCAGUAUUUCUUAAUUUCAUUAACUCCUUUGAUAAAUUUGUUAACAGUGCUUUAAAAUAUUGGCUCAGGAAUGUGCUGCUUUUUUAUAGGAAGAACUGUGGCAGGUCAAAAAAGAAGCUACUAAUACUUUUUUUCCUCCUUUUCUCUUCUACAGUGUCUUUGGAUAUGUCCUGUUCUUAUCAACAAGAUUAAACUAACCAUCCGUUAGAUUUCAUCUUCUUUGAUUCCCUUUACCAUUAUCCUUCCUAUCACGACAUAUACUGUCAAUACAAUUAGCACUUAUUUGGAAUGGCCUAUUUUUGCUCUAAUGUUGCUCCAGAGAAUGCAGUUUUGGUGAUAUUUUGCAUUAGGAAACAGAUCAAGAUUCUAUCCAAGACCUUUCUUCUCCAUCUUGUGAUUGAAUUGCACAAGAGAAUUUUAAAUUUUAUUCAUUUUUUUUACAGUCAUCAUCUUCAUGAACCAUUCCAGUUUGAAUUAUAGAACUGAUUAGUCAAUAGAAAUAAAUUCCAGUUAGGUUUAAAAAACUUCAACAUCAAAUAUACAAAAAAUGUUUCAAGUAAAACAUAGAGGACAGCCUAUGAUCAAAUUAUGUUGCUAUUUUCAUAUUGUAGACUUGUUAACUAAGUUUUUCUGGGUUGCUGGAUUUGGAAUACGCUAGAUAGGCUAUUAAAUAGUUAAUCUAUUUCAGCUGAAAUAUUACCUUUUAGUAAAAUAUUUUGUUGAGUGGAAUAGUCAGAAUUAUAUGCUGACCUUGAAUAAUGUCUAUAGAUUAUGCUUUCUCUUCACAGGCAUUUUUGCAGAAAGAAUUCAAGACCUUAUAGUAGUAAUUCUAAUGCUCUGACUUUGAUGUGAAUAGAGUGAAGCCCAUCUGUGAGUGCAGAAAUAAGUUCAUCAUCUCUAACUUCACUUUUCUAAGACUAUAUUUCUUUUUAUGUGCUUUUUUCAAAACUUGAAAAUAACAAAGGUUAAGUUUGUAGACAGAAGUGUCUUUUGUGAGACAAACAAUAUAGAUAGAAAAUGCCUCAGUUUGGGGGAUAUAAAGCCUUUAAUCAGAGACCUAGAAUAGAUACAAUACUUCUUCCCACAGAUAAUGGAAAAUUUGGUAAUUCUACUGAUUUAGUUUUACUUACACCUCCUAUUAUAUCUCUUACUAAAUCAUGUAUAUUAUCUAAUUUCAGAAAUCUCUAUUUGCCUAUAGUGUUUAAAAUCUAUGUAUCCAAUUGCUUUUAUGAAACAUAUUUCACAUGUUUCUAUGUGUUUUUGUGCAUUUGAAUGUAUAUAUAUCC